AAUUGUUUGGUAAACAAACUUCACUCCAAUAAAAACCUCGUGUAUGCCACUCUUGACAACUUGUACUAACUAAAUUCUAUUCUAGAUCUAGAACAAGAAUCUAGUUUAGCUCUACCAGGGUUUAUCACCAUGACCCAUCAAGAUUCAACAUCUAAACAAAAGCCCUGUCUAGAAUUGCUCGAUGCAAGAAAUGAUGGUGAUGAAACUUGUCAAACAUUUAUCUUACACGACGAAGAUCAUACUUUGGGGAAUUCCUUGAAGUAUAUGCUUAAUAAAAACCCAGAUGUAACUUUUGUUGGCUACAGCAUCACCCAUCCUUCGGAGAACAAAAUCAACCUGCGCAUUCAGACAUCAGGCAAACCAGCAGUGGAUGUUUUAAAGCAAGCUUUGAAAGAUUUAAAACAGAUGUGCAGUCACAUGCUGACAACUUUUGAGUCCUCAACAAAAUAUUACAAAGAGAAUCAUAUGGAAGUGAAUGACAUGGACAAUCAGUCUUAAGUUUGUUUAUAUGGAACAGUGAAUGAUUGUAUUGUAAAUACAUUUUUUGUGUGAAUGCUGCGUUUUAAUUUGAAAGAGAUAGACUGCCAGUAUGAAUUUAAUAUAGUAAAUUUUAAGUUUUGUCUAGUGUGAACGAGUUGAUAGUUUGUAGUGAGAAUUCAUCAUGAUUGUGAUCAUCACAUGUUUUAAAUAAAUAUUCUUGUUACAUUC